AUGACUUCCCGCUUCUGCUGCACGGCUCCCUCCUCCCGCUCUGGAGUCGAAUCCCCCGUCCCACCAUACCGCACUCCCGACUUCACCAACCUCAGCAAUCCGCUCUUCGCGCUUGCCAGUCUCCCGGAAGACCAUCCUCACGCUCUGACCCCCUUUCGCCACGCGAGGAAGAGUCUCGGUGAGCGGGCGCGGGAUUUCGAUAUCCUGCGGAGUCCUACGCUCGGGGAUAAAGUGAGGCUGAAAUUGGGGAAUGGGAAGAGUCGGAUGAGUUUGAAGUCAUCGAAGGGGAAGGGGCAUGUGAGGGAAGAGGAGCAGGAGCAGGAAGCAUGGUUUGAUGAGGAUGCGCAUGUUUUGAGCACGCCGGAGGUUUUGGAUGGGGUCGGUUGUUCGAAGGGGGAUGGGAACGGUGCAGGUAUUAGGCUUGUGGAGGAGGAGCGAGUGAUGGUCCCAGCGAGGGGGAGUUCUAAGAGGUUCGCUCCUCUUGCCUCUCCUUGUAUUUGGAUGUUUGAAUGCUGACUUGUGAUUUGGGGUUCAGGAUUGGUUUGUUUGACUGCGAUCAUGACCUUACCGACCUUGCUUUCCGAGUUGCGGCUCGUCGACCUCUGACGGAGAGUGAUGGCUCUUCUCUCCCCCGAGCUGCCAGUUCUCCAAUGUUGCUGGGCGAUCUGCAACCUCUGCCUUACCGGGAGCCGAUGAGGAGGACUAAGUCGUAUGGCCUGAUUGGACAGGCUUUGACUACUUCUGGCGCGACUGAGCUCAAGCAGAGGGCUGCUACGAUUCCUUUCCUGGCUACUGCUACGCCACGCAUGAGAUCCAGGGGCAAGAGCAAUACGAGUCUGAGUAUUGGAACCGUUCUUUCCAAGGCUAUUGACGAUGUCAUGAAUCCUGGACCUUCGACGGCGGUUUCUUCAGUGAGAGGUGAAAGUUCUGGAGCAAGACCCGAUUCCACGGCGAGUGUCAUUCGUCAUGAUACGCCGAUGCGGCACUGCUUUUCAUCUGAGGAGACGAUUACAGGUGAAGCUCCUGCAUCGCCACCGCCCGCUGGGUUGGAGAGAUCCGACAGUACUCAUCUGGACCUCGAAGCUAUUCGGAAUGGAACGCGGUGUAUCUCCCGCGUCUCGACUGCGCUUUCUUCGGAGACCAAUCAGGAAGAUGUUUCGGAAUUCUUGCAAUCGCAUCGGUGGAAUCAUAAUCGCAGCAUCACGCCUGAAAUUGUGAGUACGAGGCAUCGUCGGCAGCCGAGCUCGCGGGUUGGACCGCCCACAACUAUUCUGGAAAGGCUUGAAGGCGCGAGAGAGGAUGUUUACAGUCCUUCGAUCUAUAGUCGACGGGGCAGUGCGGAGGAAACGAGACCAGAGAUCCCGAUGAGGAUGGAUUCUGCUUUGAGGGCAGAGUGGCCGUUGAAGAAUGACGAGCAGGUCGAAGCGAAACAAGCACGAGAAAUGUCGCCGCCUACUUCGCCUGUACUAUCGAUCAAGAGUCUCCAGAAGCCUUUACCGCCCACGCCAGAAUCCGGCCAUUCUCCGAGCACAUUCAAAUCUCCGCCCAAGAAGGCCGUCAAAAAGCGACGCUCCAUUUUUCGGUUUCUGAGGCCUGGAAGUCGGAAAGGUGCUGGUAAGGCUAUCCGGAGCAUCUCCUCGCCGGUCUUGCUUUACAGGACUCCUGUUCGGUCUUCUGGCGGUUUCGAUGGGCCUGCGGACGAAAUUACGGUGCAGUAUGAGCUUGCGGAGAACCCUCAGCAUCGCCGGUCUAUGACGGUGAGUCAUUUGGCUGUUCCGCAGGAUAGGAGCGGGACGCUGGUUGAGUAUGAGAGGAGUCUGAGUGUUGGGGGAGAUAGUCGGAGACGUGGGUCCUCGCAAGUCAGUCCUCUGCCGUCUUCUAUCAAUGAGAGCGCGAGGACGAGGGAAUUAGUAGAGAUCUCCGAAGACGAGGAAUUGCAGCGCGCUCAGUCUUCGGGCAGAUUGAGGAGGAAACUGUCGAGGGCUCAUGCUCUGGAUGAGGCCGGGAAGACUUUGAUGGGGGCUGCUUUGAAGAAGCAUCAGCAGGAAAAGGCGCUGUUCCGGAGUGAGAGUAAGAGGAAGGAAAGCAUGGUCUCUCAGCAGCAGCAGCAGCCGACUUCAUUCAGGGGCACGAAUUGGGGAAAGGGGAGUUUGCCGCAUAUGGUCGUUACUGAGGAAGAAGAGGAGGAGGGACCGCCGGAUGGGGGUGUCCCUGGACUUGGACCCGUGAUGGAGACUCGCAAGCCGAGUACUACGACUGCUUCUACGCCUCGAUCUCCGCGGACGGAAGUGCAAUCUCCUGCUACGCCGAAGAGGAUCGGUACUUCUCUGCCCUCCUGGUCUCGUUUCCCUUCGCAUACCCGCGACGAACGCUGCGGCUCUGCUGGUCGCAACGACGCCAUCUCGACUCGCGAUUGGGCUUCUCCCCCGGAUCCCAACGCGUCAUCUCCCCUGAGCAAGCACUCCACGAUGCAGAAUACCAAACGCGUCGCCUCAAGCCUCAUCAAGUCUCCGUCGAGGACUUUCAGCCGGAUCGCGAGGUAUUACUCCGAUCUCUUCACGCGGGAUGUGCAGUUCCACGGGGGGAAUCGGAGGACGAGCGUCAGUGCGAGUACGGGACAUGUCUUGCAUCCGGAAUUGGAAAUGUUGCCGAGUGGGACGGGGAGUGAGGGGCAUCGACACGAUCAUUCGUAUUUGAGGGAGGUGGAGGCGAGGUUGUUUGGUAGUGGGGAGAUUGCUUCACCUGGACAUGGUGAAAAGGGCGAGGCGAAGGAGGAGACGAUUGAGCAUGACACUUGUGGUUUCCGGCUUGUUUCUGCUGAGGGCGCGGGAUUCCGGCAGGGGAGCAUUUUUGCUCCUUCCUCUUCCUCGCAUCAUCAUCAUGCAGAAGUUCAGAGCGAGGAUGGGGACGAGAUUGCUCCUGAGGCUGAGGCUGAGGCUGAGGAUGAGCAGGGGCCUGGGCUUGGACCUGGACCAAUGGAUGGAGCGGAUGAGUUUGCGAGGAUGUACCAAGAGAGCUGUCUAGAUGGUGGCGGUCGUGAGGGCGAAGGAGAAGGUCGGGCGCAGGGCAAGGUGAGGAAGUAUCCUUCUGUGACUGUCAUGGAUGAUUGUAAGGGGCAUCGGGCUAGUAUUUCGCUUGUUGCGAAUUGCGCUUGA